AUGCCAUACCGUCGUAUAUUCAACCUUCGCCAAUGGCUCCUCUCGUCCCCGCCCGCAGAAUGGGCCCUCAAUCAACUCCGCGAGCUCUUGAUCGGUGCUCUCCGUCAAGGCCCGGUGCCUAGACACGUUGCGUUUGUCAUGGACGGAAACCGACGAUAUGCAAAGAACAACAAGAUGGAAACCGUUGAGGGGCAUAAUCACGGAUUCGAGGCGCUGGCAAAGAUACUGGAAGUAUGCUACAAAUCCGGGGUGCAUACCGUCACGAUAUACGCCUUCAGCAUCGAAAACUUCAAGCGUAGCAAGUACGAGGUUGACGCUCUGAUGUCCAUGGCCAAAAUCAAACUAAAACAGCUGGUCCAACACGGCGAGCUCCUGGAUCGCUAUGGCGCGAGGGUACGAAUACUGGGCCAACGGGAAUUGGUCAAGCCAGAUGUCCUGGAGGCCGUGGAUCAAGCGGUCGAGAUGACGAGCAUGAACCAGGGGAACUGUGUCCUGAACGUGUGUUUUCCGUACACCUCGAGAGAAGAAAUCACGAGUGCCAUUCGAGCCACAGUGGAGGAGUGGACGACGCCGUUACCGGAAGAUAUCAAUGGCAAGGGGAGGAAAAGCCCCUUCAAGGAGGAGAGAAUCGCCAGUACGAUCUGGUCCGAGCAGUUUUCUCAACAAACAGCAACAUCCAACUCACCCGCGACGAGAACCUACCUGUCUCCACCGGGGACGGAUCUCCAGUCACCCUCGUCGAGCACAACGAGCCUGUCAUCUUACUUACCCGACCAGUCUGACCGCGACCACGACGCCUCGUCGGUAUCAACCUCAACAACGCUGCAUCACGAUGACAAUAAUACCACAUCCCCCUCCCCACCGCUCCGGCCACUAACGACACCACAAAAGUCCACACCACAAAAGUCUCACCAGUACCCAUCACCCGAACUAAUCACCCCAGCCACCAUCACAUCCCACACAUACACAUCCGGCAGCCCGCCCAUCGACCUGCUCAUCCGCACCUCGGGGGUGUCGCGGCUCAGCGACUUCAUGCUCUGGCAGUGCCACGAGUCGACGCAGAUUGUGUUUCUGGACGUGCUGUGGCCCGAGUUCGAUCUGUGGUCCUUCCUCCCCGUGCUGUGGGAGUGGCAGUGGCGCAGACGGCGCGAGCAGAGGGACGCCCAGGAAAAUAAUAGAGGCCGGGGGGAAGAGGAGAAGAGGAGACGGAGGAAAUCUUCUUCCAGCGCCAACAAUAAAGCAGCGAGGAGAGCCACGGAUAUGGUCCCAGUGCACGCUUCUUGA